AUGUCGCUCAAAGCUGCCAUCGACACCGUAAAGUCACCAGUAAAAGAGCUUCUGCUCAGCGCGACCCAAGAUGGGAGUGAACUCGCAGGCUCAUCGGAGAAGGAUCAGAUAGAGGUCGUCAGCUGGGUUGAGAAGGUCGGACGCGAGGAACUCGCAGCCGACGCCUCCUUGUCGGAGUUGAACUCGCAGUUGCUGCAGCGGACGUACGCAGUCAGCAAUUACUUGACCGCAGCGGACGUCGCGCUUUACGGUGCAUUGCACCCUAACAUCUCCAAGCAAGAACCCGCGAAAUACUACUCGACACCUGCCUUGACACGCUAUUUCGACCAUAUUCAGUCACAGGCAGUUGUCCGACAAGCUGCUGAAAAACUUUCCCCCGAUUUCGCACUAGUAUCAUUCGACUUUGACUCUGCACCCAAGCCCGAACGCACAGUCGAGCCUUCCAAGAAGAAGAAGAAAGCGGAUCCCGUUGCUGCCGAAGACAAACCGGCUCAGGCUAAGGAGGCUGCAGCAGCAGAAGCGUCUUCAUCUGCCCCAUCCGAGCAAGGGAAACAGCAGAAGAAAGAGAAGAAGGAGAAAAAGAAAGAUGCUGGUUCUGAAUCGGCAAAGAAGGGAGCUGCCGCAGAGCCUGCUGAUGCUGGCGAACCUGUCCCGUCUAUGAUCGAUUUGCGCGUUGGACAUAUAGUGGACAUAAAAAAGCACCCGGAUGCUGAUAGCUUGUAUGUUGAGCAAAUCGACCUCGGCGAGGACACUGGCCCACGGACUGUCGUCUCUGGUCUGGUGAACUAUAUUCCAAUCGAAGAGAUGCGCGACAGGUACCUAGUUGCAGUGUGCAACCUCAAGCCUGCUAACAUGCGUGGUGUCAAGAGCUUUGCUAUGGUGCUAUGUGCGACCUCAAAGGAGGGAAAAGAGGGGGGUAUUGAAAUUGUGCAGCCACCAGCCAACGCCAAAGUCGGUGACCGAGUUUACUUUGAAGGAGCAGAAUUCGAAAAUGCUUCCCCCCUUUCGCAACUCAAUCCAAAGAAGAAGAUCUUUGAAACUAUACAACCUGGCUUCACGACUCUGGAUACAAGGGAGGCGGCUUGGGUGAAUCCUACUACCAAGACUAUACAUAGGAUACGGACGAAAGAUGGCGUUUGUGUCGCCCCAACUUUCGUCGGUGCAUCUUUAUCGUAA